GUAGAUGAGGGGAUGGACGAGAAAGAAGGGGGGGUCGGACUAUUUUUCUGGGCCUCGACUGGCGGUAACCGUAGGGGGUCUGGGGGGCCGCAGUCUGAACCCCUUCGCCCGCAUCGGGAACGGGGUGGCAGGGCAACACGAGAGCAGUUCGGUCAAAGCAGACACUCAGCAUGUCUUGGUUGCUCUGACAAUGAGCAUCAACUUGUCCCUCAGUAAGGAAAAUGUCUCAGAAAACCUCACACUGCUGGAAGAGGGAGCAGGCAGAGUCACCGAGUCAAUUGCUAUCAUCAUUAUUGCUAUUUUCAUCUGUUUAGGGAAUCUAGUGAUCGUCCUCACUCUUUAUAAGAAGUCAUACCUACUCACCUUAAGCAACAAGUUUGUUUUCAGCCUCACUCUAUCCAACUUCCUUCUUUCGUUGCUGGUGCUUCCUUUUGUUGUUACCAGUUCCAUCCGUCGGGAAUGGAUCUUUGGAGUCGUUUGGUGCAACUUCUCUGCCCUACUCUAUAUGCUCAUCAGCUCUGCCAGUAUGCUAACACUUGGACUCAUUGCUAUUGACCGAUACUAUGCUGUCUUGUACCCCAUGGUUUACCCUAUGAAGAUUACGGAUCUAGGAUUGUCUCCACAUCUGACAGCUCUCAUGGCAGGGGAGCGGACUUUAGGACACAGCAGCAGCACAGGAGAUACAGGCUUCAGUUGCUCUCAGGAUUCAGGGACAGAUGUUAUGCUGCUUGAAGAUUAUAGUUCUGAUGGAAUUAAUCAUCCACAUUGUGUUUACCCUCAUCGACGGAGUUCUGUAACUUUUGAAGAUGAAGUGGAACAAAUUAAAGAAGCAGCGAAGAACUCUAUCCUCCAUGUAAAGGCUGAAGUUCACAAAUCUCUGGAUAGUUAUGCAUCCAGCUUGGCCAAAGCAAUUGAAACGGAUGUCAGGAUCACCUUGUUUGGAGGAGAUGUCCUCUCUGGCUCUUUGUUCCCAGCACGAACUGUGGCAGGCAACAAUGGAAGCGCACGGCGUGGCGGCAGGGUCCACAUUGGACAAAAAAUACAACUACAAAGCAUUGAAGAAGUGAACACUUAAAAUUGCUUCAAUAAAACAAAUAGGAAAAAAAAUACACUAAAACUGAUGCACAGCCACGAUUCUUUGCAAGGAAAGCAAAACAGGCCCCAGUGUUUUAAGCAAAGCUAUAAAAAUUCCCAAAGAAUCAUCUUAACACAGUAUUCGAGAACAAAGUAACUCAAACUAUUGGGAAAUCAAAACUUUGAAAGGGUUCACUUAUCCCUAAAUAGUAAAGCACAGGUUAUUUCAUUAUUUCGGUGGCAUACAGAAGCAUUUCCCAAGUUGGACACUAUAUAUAAGUGUAGACUUCAGCUGCAAUUUUGCAAACAGCAUGGCUGUGACUGAGAAUUCUAAAAAUUAAAGCAACCGGAACACUCAGGUUGGGAACAGCAGCCAUAGUGUUUCUGGCUGGAUGCUUUUUCUGCUUUUUAAAAACUUUAUAAACACAGUUCACUGUUAAAGUACUCCCAUUCCUCCAAUACUUUAACAACUUUGUCCAGGUACUUAUGAAAAUAAUAAUAAAAUGCAACUGAGGCCAAUCAAAUCUAGUAUUGAAAAUAAGGGUACUUUCACACUAGUAUUUUAAUCUGAAUGGUCACGUUUUGCUAAAUCAUUUUACAGUGAUCAUCUAAAAGGUUACAUUCUCCAUUUACUGUCAUCUUGUAUUUUCUAUAUUUUUGUUCCUUUUCUGAAGCUGCAGAAUGUUCAUCUUUAACACACAACCCCCAGAAAAGUCACACUUUCUACAGUUAACACUGCUCAGGAGAAAUUCAUUAUAAACAUUGCAAUAGCUACCAUUAAAAAAAAAUUUAUUCCUCAGUUGUUAAACCGAUGGUGAUCAGAAAAUGUUUUAAUCUUUAUAUUAGGUGAAAUACAGCUUGUAUUAACCAGCUUACAAAACACAAUGAACACAAAAUAUUUUUCUCUCCCUUAGCUUUAUAAUGUUACAACACUAUGUCAAGCACAUGCACGUGCAUAUGUAUAUGUUUUUUUUUAAGUUGACAUGUUUUUUAAAAAUAAAGUGGCAUCCUCUGCA